AUGACCAUCAUCAAGACUCCAGCCAUCGCCUGUAUAGGUGUUAUUGGCAGACAUAACAAUCCACUCCACAUCUCCAUAUUUCCUGCUGAAGGGGAAAAGGAAGAACGUAGCAAGCUCGAUUUUUCUUUCAUGCUCUCAACGUGUCUUGAUAUCUUCGAAGCUCGUCUACCUGAAAAGAAUGUUGGCCAAGACUUUGGUCUCUUGCAAGCCGUCGAUGAGCGUCUCGCCAUGUACGGCUGGCUCACAAACACUGGCGUUAAACUCGUCAUUAUCGUAGAUAUGGAAGGUCGCCAGUCUCCCGCGAACGACUCUAGAACUCCCCCCGUCCUGGGGCUGAAGAACUCCGAUCUUACUCCUGCUUUCCAAGCACUGCAAAAGGCAUAUAUCAAUCUGUUGAGGAACCCAUUUUAUACACCCGAGGAUCACUCUCCGAAUUACGCCAAUGCUCACCAGCCAGCUACGUCAACUCAGAUCACGAGCCGCAACUUCGUUAAUGAAGUCAAUCGCAUCGGGCGGGUCUGGGCUCCUACCAUCGCUUCUCGCUGA